AUGCCGCAAUCCCUCAAGACUCCCUCCGGUGACACCCCCUCCAACUACUCCUUCGACCUGCUCCGCCGCAUCAACUCCAAUUCCUCCAAUUCCGAUCACAACAAGCCUGGCCUCGCUCUCUCCACCAGCACUCGCUCCAGCACCCGCUCCAGCAACCGCUCCACCCAGCCUCAGCCAGCUCAUGCCCAAAAGCGCAGCAGUGCGCCUGCUACCGAUCUCGUUUCGGACCUGAUCCGCGGCAAGGAAAUCGACGAGUUCCGCUUCAAACACCUCGGCGAUAGGAGCAGUAUGAUCGCCACCUACAACAACACCUCCAAGCAGCGCACCCAGUACUACGAGGAGCAAUUCCAGUACAAGAGAAAUGCCAACAGUAGUGUACGAGAACGAGUGCAGCGCGAAUCCCCCGUCAUUGCAGAGUUGCGAACAAAUGUCAUCGUAUGCCAACAGCCCUUGCAUUUCAAGCUCGCACGUAGCAUCACUGACAACAUGGUAGAUCAAAGAUGAGUUCACCUUGGUCACCGAUCUGUCGUACCAUCUUGCCGCACGAUACACCCGCCCAGACUCCGCCAUCAUGGUCAAGAUAGACCACAGCGCCUGCCUAGCGCUUGGAGGCACUUUUGAUCCCUGCUAUAUACUCACACUCACCACCGUCCCUUCGCAAAUGGGCCCUGCCAUGAACAAGCGCAACGCAACCCUCAUACAAUCAUUCAUGGCGGACAUCCUGAGUGUUCCACCGGAGCGAGGGAUUGUCAAGUUCUCGCCCAUACCAGAGGAGAACUUCGCGGUCAACGGCGCGACAAUGCUCGGUGAGAUUGAGAGGCAGGAGAAGCAGCAAUCAAACGACAGCGGGAGUACUGUGCGAAGAGUCUUAUCAAAUGGGAGAAAGAGCAUGCCAACAUUCAAGAAGAGUCUUCCGAAGAUACCAGCAGAGAAAGACGAGCCCCAAUCGGUGCAUGCAAAGACCACGGAAACAAAGGCGGAUUCAAAUCAUGUCAAUGGCAUUGCGAAUGGCGCCAGCGACAGCGAGAGAAGUACAAAUACGCCGCCGACACCCCCAGUUGCUGUCUUAUCGCCCGCUGGCGUCUACGAGCUGCCCACCGUCGAAAUGGGAGAGAAGACAAGACCUUCAACAUCCCAUAUUCAUACGGCAUCUACUGGAUCAAAUGGCCUGCGAAUGAAUGGGAUCUCGGAUGCUGACCUGCAGAGCCCUAAUGCGGCAAAUGGCAGGCCGCGAACUUUCUCCGGCGCUGCUAUAUCGAAACUCUCGAGCACAACACAAGACAAGCGCACAUCGGGUGCGGCGCCGGCACCACCGCCAAUCCGACACUCACGACCACCUCCUUCAUUCCUCAAGCUAGAUCCCGCCAAAGCGAAAUCGAAAGCAAGACCGACCACGCCCAAGAGCAGUACCACAGCUUUGCCGCCUAUGGAGGACAAGCCCAGGCCAAGAGACAGCUAUGUUGAUGGCGUAAUGAGCACACCGGCUACUGCCAAGGAGCGAGGCAAGGAGCCCACCAUUCUAGAGAAAUCCUCGCAGGAGAGUGGCGGGAAGCACGAGCCGACUGCGAAUACCGCGAAGCGGCGAUCCACCAUCUCCUCGAGCACAACCAAGACCACAUCACCGCCACCUAUCCCUGAGACGAGUGAGACGAAAUCUAUGAAAUCCAUGAAAGUGGGCAAGCGGAAGAGCUUCCUCUCGGCUUUUCGGAGGAGUACGGCGGCGAAUUAA